AUGAUGGAUCGCUGCUCAGCACAGGUACAAGACCGGAGCCAAGGUGACCCUCAGACCCCGAGGAGCCCGAGGAGCCCGAGGAGCCGAGACCCAGAGGAGGACCAGAGGAGGACCAGAGGAGGACCAGAGGAGGACCAGGGGAGGACCCGCGCUCGAGGCAGAUCCGCACAAGCUGUCGGUCCGGCUGUCGGCAGAUCCAGUCCAGAGAGAGUCCUGAACCCUCCUGCAGGCCGCACCACGGGUCAGCGCCAACGGUCACUACAUGUGCUCCGGACAUGUGACCAGCAGGAGCCCGAGCUGCUGGACAGGCACCAACACAGCCACAGAUGA